CGGCUGACUCGUGACUCGUGACUGCUGCAUGACUGCUCAACUCUCGACCGGAUACUCACAGCAGCGCAUGCACAGCUACAGCAGCGGCGCAGCCAUGCACCAUUCCGUGCUUUCGUGCUACUUCAGCCUCGCUGUAACUCAACACUCCAAAAUCCAAGCGCGUGUAUGCUGCCACCUUCCUCCACAGCGUCAGAUUGCACUCGCCCGAUUCACGAUCUCGUAAUCUUGCAAAAGGUUUCGUACGUUGAGAUCUCUCUCUACUCAGUCAUCUCAACGGCUCGAAAGACUUUCAUCCUUCUCAUCUUUGGGCCUCGGAAGAAGUCAGCCCGGGCGCGUCGCUUCGCAGCAUUCAGGCACCAUCCCGCCAAUCCCUCCCAACAAACGUGGCAGCAGAAGCAGUCGACUCUCCUGUUUUUUCUCGGCCUGUCCACACGAUAUCAGCAACGGCAUGUACAAUCAUCAGCAGAGAGCUCUGGGGUCGGGAUCCGGAUCCGGAUCCGGCUCGUCGAGCGGUGGGUAUGGCGGAGGUUACGGUUCGGCUCCCCCGCCUAGAGGAGCUUGGUCAUCGUCAUCGCACGGAAACAGAGGGAGCGGAUCGGCUGCUACUACUGCUGCUGCUCAGAUCGGAGCGUGGGCUGAUUGGGCAGCGAAGAGCUUGGAAGAACGCAUCACUCCUGUCGGAGAGAUGAUAGAGCGAGCAUGCUCUCUGCACAAUCGUCAACCCAACCUGGCCCUGAACUUGGAAAUCGCAGAUUACAUCAAGAGCAAGAAGGCGAACACGCCGAGAGACGCCGCGAUAGAAGUUGUUGCGAGAAUCAAUUCCAGACAUCCACACGUAGCCAUGCUAGGUUUGCAUCUUCUCGAUAAUCUUGUCAAAAAUUGCGGGUACGCUUUCCACCUCCAAAUCAGUACGAAGGAAUUCCUGAACGAAUUGGUCAAGAGGUUCCCCGAACGACCGCCUAUGUUCCUGUCACCUCAGCAGAGCAAGGUGCUCGAGCUGAUUCAUGAGUGGAAGAAUACGAUAUGCGUCAGCAGUAAGCACAAGGAGGAUCUGGUGCACAUUAGGGACAUGCACCGGUUGCUAGGCUACAAGGGCUAUCGUUUUCCCCAGCUAGACUCUAGGGCUGCCAGCGUCAUGAAUCCCGAGGGCACGCUGCGCUCACCUGAAGAGCUUGAGGAGGAGGAUCGGGAAGCACAGGCCGCUAAACUCCAAGAGCUUAUUCGUCGGGGUACACCAAGAGACUUGGAACAAGCGCAAGAGCUGAUGGUGAUCAUGAGCGGUGCUCAGCCAGAGAGCAAGCCGGACUACAAGAGUCAGACUGGCAAGGAAUUGGACAAGGUGCAAUCGCGAGCCAUUCUGCUGAACGACAUGCUCGACAAUGCUACGCCAGCGGAGAAGUUCGUCAAGGGCGAUGCUUACGAUCAAAUUGCUCAUCACCUUCGGAGCGUCCAGCCGAGGUUGCAAAAAUGGAUCGGAGAAGCAGAGGAGGAGGAGAGCGAGCAUAUGGACCGCUUGCUGCUAAUCAAUGAUCUGAUCAACCAGAUCUGCGAUCGCCAUCAAGCCUUUGCGCGGGGUGACAGGGAAGCAAAGGUCACGAUUGACGCUUCCAUCGAUCCGAGGAAAGGUGGCGCGGAUGCGGUACCGACUGCCAAGAUCUCGGACCUAAUCUCCUUUGACGAUCCAGAGGAGGCGGGCGGCGCUGCUGCCGGGAGCUCCUCUGCUAGCGGCGCUGGUAACUUGUUGGACGACUUUGCGACGCUCUCAUUUGGCAAUGCGCCCACUACAAGCGCAAGCAUGGCCGCUGCGGCCCCGGGUACGCCAUCUGGAGGCAGCACGGUCAAACCGAUCACUACGUCUGCGGGCAUGCUACCGCCCGACCUGCUCGGUUUGAGCCCAACAGCCACUUCAUUUGAUGCGCAACCGCAGGCAGCAGCGCAAUCUCGGGCUCCUCCUCCCAGCUUCGGAGAUUGGGGAGCAUUGCAGCUUCCCGUCUCUUCUACCUCUUCCAACGCCGCAGCGGGUCCCAAUGGGGCCUCGGGCCUGCCAAAGUCCGGACAGGCAGCUUUGACGCCUAGCAAGCCCGGCACUGGCGCUUUCGCGCCUCCGAACGCGACGUCUGCUUCAACCAAGCCUGCCGAUCCUUUUGCGGACUUGGACAGCCUUUUCGGCAAGUAAAAAGACAUAGACAAGAGUCGGUCGCGCGGUUGGCUAGAGCUGGCAACGACCUCUAGUAUUCUGCGCAAUUCGUCCUGCUGGACCACACCCACCUCGUUGGCUCUUCUUUCUAUCCUGUGUCGCUUUGUCAUUGUCACCCUUCGAUGAAUAUCAGGAGGUCAAGGUCGAUCAAGGUUUGACAUGUUGCACACCGCAAGCUGUUCGUGCGGUUGCUUUGUUGAAUUCAAGAUUGUGUGGACGCGCGAUACUCUUGACUUGCUCUCGCUUA